CCGGCCCCUCCGCCCGCCGGGGCGGUGGUAGGCUCCCGCCGUGCCUCCCGGCGCAUAAAGAGAGGCGGCGGGGGGCCGGCCGGGGGCAGCGGCUGGCCGGCGACGGAGCGACCGGCCGUGAUGGAGCAGCCGGUGCAGACGGAGACGUGGAAGGCGCGGAGCCUGGAGGAGCUGGUCCGCAUCCUCCAUCGGAUAUUCGCCGAGGACAAAGUCUGCGUGGAGGAAGUGCAGGCGCUGAUGGAGUCCUACGAGAGCAACCCCGAGGAGUGGCUGCAGUACGCCAAAUUCGACCAGUACAGGUAUACACGAAAUCUUGUGGACAAUGGAAAUGGAAAGUUCAACUUGAUGAUCUUAUGUUGGGGUGAAGGGCAUGGCAGCAGCAUCCAUGAUCACACUGAUUCACACUGCUUUAUGAAGAUCCUCCAGGGAAAUCUAAAGGAGACACUGUUUGAAUGGCCUGAGAAAAAGGGGAAUGGUGAAAUGACUAAGAAAUCUGAACGAGUUUUGAGGGAAAAUCAGUGUGCCUACAUAAAUGACUCCAUUGGCCUGCACCGUGUGGAGAACAUAAGCCACACUGAGACAGCCGUUAGCCUGCAUUUGUACAGCCCACCCUUCGACAGCUGCAACACCUUUGAUCAGAGGACUGGACACAAGCACAAAGUCAAGAUGACCUUCUACAGCCAGUUUGGAGAAAGGACUCUCUGCGCGACAGCGGUGCCACAGGAAAACAACUGAGAAGCACCAGCACAUGUUUGCAUAAGACCUGCUGAAUGUUUAACCAGGGACAGAAGACUUGCAUGGCUAAGGCCGACAGCCAGCUAUAUUUCUAUACCUUGUACAUAGGAGUAUACUAGGGCAGCUUCCAGGCCACCCGCAGUUCCCUUGAGUGAAUGCCGAUUAUGGGACAUUAAGCUAACUAGUGCCAUAAACUACUUCAGAGGUUAGAUGCCUUUUCUUAGGCUUCUGUCAGAAUUAAGUAGUUUGUUGCCUGAUUCUAGCCUCCUUUCAAUUCUACUUCUGAUACCACACUGAGAAAUCAGAAAUAGGGUUUUUAAACAUCUUCUGACACUACUUAAUAGUCAUUAGUCAUGUGUGGAUGUAUGCUCUAAAUGUAAUUAGUAACCAUAUAAACUUCUAAGCUUCCAGUCACUUGUACCUAUGGGUAGCACACUAGAUACAACUAACAGCAGCUUUUUUUUUUUUUUUUUUUUAAUUAAGACUUUUAGGUUUUAGUGCUCUAGGCUGUUUUGAUAGUUUUGUUUAUUUUUUACUUUUUGUUUUUUACAAUUUCAUUUGUCAGAUCUUGUUUUAAAUAAGAACAGCAAAAUGCUUCAUGCACAAUGAUUUUCAAAACUGAUUGGACAGCAAUUUGGGUUUUUAAUAAGACUAAUCAUACUUAAUUCAGCUAAUGUCCAAUUUCCAAAGUAUUCUGUAUAGCUACUGAGGAAGGUUACUGAAAUAAAACUGGAUCUGUGCACACA